UCAUGUGGGAUUGGAGCAAGUCGCUAUCAAUCACUUUCCUUAAAUUCCUGCAGAAAGAUUCCUGUCUCAAUCAUCACUGAUCACCGAUCAAUUAAUUAACCCUCACCCGAGAUGAUGUCGGUGAGAGGGAUCGCGCGGUUGGCGAAAUCCCGUGGUCGAUGGGUCUACUCUUCUCUGGAAAGCGCGCCGUUGCUGCUCGAGCUCCCCUCUCACUUUCGAAACCCUCUUCAAUCUUCUCCCCAGGUUUUGGGUUGCAGAGUUAUUUAUUCUUGGGGGUCAAAUGCCUAUAGUACCGCCGGGCAACAGGCUCAGCUUCGGAGCAGCUCUGCAGUUGAGGAGCAAGUAGACCCGUUUUCUCUAGUUGCUGAUGAACUGUCGAUUCUCGCGGAUCACUUGAGGUCUAUGGUUGUUGCGGAGGUUCCCAAGCUUGCCUCUGCCGCAGAGUAUUUUUUCAAAUUUGGAGUUGAAGGAAAAAGAUUCAGACCCACUGUCCUUUUAUUGAUGGCAACGGCUCUAGACUUACCAAUCCAGAGGCAAACUUCUGAGGCUGCAGUCAAUGCCUUGUCGACAGAGUUGCGUACAAGACAACAGUGCAUUGCUGAAAUAACAGAGAUGAUCCAUGUUGCCAGCCUCCUCCAUGAUGAUGUGUUGGACGAUGCUGAUACAAGGCGGGGUAUUGGCUCUUUGAACCAUGUGAUGGGAAAUAAGUUAGCUGUGUUGGCCGGAGAUUUCCUGCUAUCUAGAGCUUGUGUGGCUCUUGCUUCCUUGAAAAACACAGAGGUUGUUUCACUCAUAGCUAAAGUCGUGGAACAUCUAGUCACCGGUGAGACCAUGCAAAUGAUGACUACAUCUGAUCAGCGCUGCAGCAUGGAAUACUAUAUGGAAAAGACAUACUGCAAAACUGCAUCAUUGAUAUCCAAUAGUUGCAAGUCUGUCGCUCUUCUUGCUGGACAUUCGGCAGAAGUUUCAAAUUUGGCUUUUGAGUACGGCAAGAACUUGGGGUUGGCAUUUCAGUUGAUCGAUGAUGUUCUCGAUUUCACCGGCACAUCAGCUUCUCUCGGGAAGGGGUCUUUGUCCGACAUUCGCCAUGGGAUUGUUACUGCUCCUAUAUUGUUCGCUACUGAGGAAUUUCCUGAGCUUCGGGUGAUUGUCAAUCAAGGAUUCAAGAAGUCUUCAAAUGUGGACCGGGCUCUAGAAUAUCUCUCAAUGAGUAGUGGAAUUCAGAGAACUAGAGAGCUAGCAGCAAAGCAUGCUAGGCUCGCAUCAGCUGCUAUCGACGCCCUUCCAGAAAAUGAGGAUGAGGUCGUGCAGAGGUCAAGGCGGGCGCUUGUUGAAUUAACACACAUAGUCAUCACCAGAACAAAGUAGAACAGAUACACAAACAUGAUUUAGAUCAUUGUGGCAGUUUUCGCUCAUCUAUUUUUGGUUGCACCGGACACGUGUUAGUUUGACUGAUCGUUUCCGCGGCCGGCAUUUCAUUGCUAUGCUCCGAAUAAAAAUGUCUAAAUUUUCUCAUGUAAGAAUGAGAAGGUUUUAUACCAUUUGUAAAUCUAUUAAGAAGAUAGUACUUUGAAACUUUUUGUAUUGUGAUACUUAUGCUUUUUAAUCGAGGCAGUCAAAUUUUUCUCUUCA